AUGUCCACCAGUGCCAGGCUAGCCAGCACAUCCGAUGCAGCUGGUGACCAUGGACUCGAGCCAAUUCGCAGUGCUCCCCAGGACACUGUGACUUCCACCGAAAAGGAUGCACCCAUCAACGAUCCAGAAAAGGCCGAUACGGAUGUCACUGAUCCUGAGAAGCAUGCCCAGGUGGGGAUGAGCUGCCAGCUCUCAGAGCAGGAACAGCCCACUCCCGACGAAUCUGCCCUCUAUCGAGCGGCAUCCACGAUAGCCCCAUCUCAUGCUUCUGCCCCCAGGGACCCGGUCAGCCGGGUAACGACCGACGCAGAAGGCAACACCUAUCCUGAAGGUGGACUCCAAGCAUGGCUGGUGGUGCUGGGCAGCUUCCUCGGCCUUUUUGGUUCGCUGGGGCUGGUCAACACCAUUGGCACUUUCCAAGCAUAUAUCGAGAAUCACCAGCUGAAGGAAUACAGCUCCGGAAGCAUAGGUUGGAUCUUCGGUAUGUUCGCCUUCCUCACCUUCUUCUGUGGUGUGCAGGUCGGCCCAAUCUUCGACGCGCGCGGACCACGCCUCCUCGUUCUGGCAGGUUCGAUCUGCGAGAUGGCCAUGAUAAUUCUUGUCGGGUUCUGCACCAAAUACUGGCACUUUAUGUUGGUCAUUGGCGUGCUGGGCGGCGUCGGAGCGUCCCUCAUUUUCACCCCGGCCAUCUCGGCCAUCGGGCAUUUCUUCCUCGAAAAGCGCGGUGUCGCAACCGGUAUCGCGGCCACUGGCGGCUCGGUUGGGGGCAUUGCAUUCCCGCUCAUUAUGCAAAGCCUCUUUCCCAAAAUCGGGUUUGCAUGGGCAACCCGGGUGGUGGCCUUGAUCUGUCUUGUGGCGCUAUCGCUGGCCAAUCUUCUAAUCAGAUCUCGCCUGCCGAAGAAGCCCUUUUCCAAGGAGAAUGUGCUGCCAGACUUUCGCAUCUUCCGCGAGCCUCGAUUCGCGCUCACUACAGCGAGCGUCUUCUUCAUCGAGUGGGGUCUAUUUAUCCCGAUCAGCUAUAUCUCGUCUUACGCCCUUUCCCACGGCUUCAACACGGAGCUAUCAUAUCAGAUUGUGGCCAUCCUGAAUGUGGGAUCAUUCUUUGGGCGAUGGCUGCCAGGAUUCUUUGCGGAUUUCCUGGGUCGGUUCAACACACUCAUCGCCACCGUAGCCCUCUGCCUGCUGUGCAAUGCAUGCUUGUGGCUUCCGGCCGGAAGUAGCCUGGCCUUGCUUGUGAUCUAUGCCCUCCUUUUCGGCUUUUCCAGCGGCAGCAACAUCAGCCUGACGCCCGUGUGCGUCGGUCAGCUCUGCAAGACCGAGAACUAUGGUCGCUAUUACGCCACUGCCUACACCAUCGUGAGCUUCGGCACGCUUACCGGCAUUCCGAUCGCUGGUGAGAUCCUGUCGCGCUGCAAUGGAGAAUACUGGGGUCUUAUUGCUUUCACGACUGUCUGCUAUGCUGCUGGUCUGGCCUGCUGCACGGCCGUGAAAGUCAUUCAAGUUGGCUGGCGUCAUCCCAUGGCUAUUUUCUAG